AUACGACACAGAACCUUUCCGUCUCUGACUCACCCCGGGAUAAUAUUUAGUUGGCGCACCGUACGCACGUGGGUUAACUGUGUGGUGUGUUUUGGUAGAACGGCUCCUCAAAACCACAGUCCAUACGGUUAUUUGGACCAUGCUGAAAUCCAAAACAUUUGUGAAGAAGACCCGCUCUGGUGGAGUGCUGAAGAUAGUGCGCGAACAUUACCUCAGAGAUGAUAUCUGGUGUGGAAGUGAAGUUUGUAAGGAGUGUAAAGAUGAAGCGCCUGUGCUGCAAGAGCACGCAUGCAUAGAGAGCAACCUGUGCUCAUUUCCGCACUAUUUAAUCCCAGACACCAAUGUGGUUUUACAUCAGAUUGACAUCCUUGAGGACCCUCUGAUCAGGAACGUCAUCAUUCUUCAGAUUGUUUUACAAGAGGUCAGACACAGGAGUGCCCCAGUCUACAAAAGAAUCAAGGAUGCUAUUCAUGAGAAGGAAAAGCACUUCUACACCUUCACUAAUGAGCAUCACAGGGAGACAUUCAUUGAACGAGAGCAAGGGGAAACCGCUAAUGAUCGUAAUGAUCGAGCCAUCCGUGUCGCUGCUAAAUGGUACACAGAUCACCUUGCUAAAAAGACCAAUGGUGGUUCGCUGAAAGUGGUUCUGCUGACCGAUGAUCGAGCCAAUAAAGAGAAGGCAGAGCAGUAUGGUCUGGUUGUGUACAGAUGUGAAGAGUAUAUCAAGAGCUUGAUUGGCAACCCUGAGCUCAUGGACAGACUUGCAUUACAACCUGAUGAUCAAAACGAAAUCACUGGCAGUAAGUUACUGUUUCCAGAGCAUCUGCCCUUAUCCAGGAUUCAGAGUGGCAUUAAGAACGGAAUGUUCCUUCAAGGCACGUUCCAUGCCAACAGAGAUAACUAUCUGGAGGGCAAGGUCUUCAUAAAUAGAGAGGGGGAGGAAAUCAAUGAGGUUCUACUUCAAGGCCUUCAGAAUUUAAACCGGGCUGUUCAUCAGGAUGUAGUGGCUAUUGAAUUAUUUCCCAAAGAACGCUGGGUUGCUCCAUCAUCUGUUGUGCUGCAGGAUGAUAGUCCAAAUGAUGAAGAUGCCGAGGAAGAUGAGACUGAAAAUAAGCUGAAGGGUGUACCAUCAGACUCUAGUGUUCUCAAGCCCACUGGACGAGUGGUGGGCAUUAUAAAGAGGAACUGGAGGCCUUUCUGUGGGAUGCUCUCACAGUCAAUGAUCAAAGAGGCAACAAGGCACCUCUUCACCCCAGCAGACCGACGAAUCCCACGGAUUCGUAUUGAGACCAGACAAGCCGCCAAUCUGGUUAGACAGAGGAUUAUGGUUGCUAUCGAUGGCUGGCCUAAAAACUCCAGAUACCCAAAUGGUCACUUUGUGAAAAACCUUGGCUCUGCUGGAGAUAAAGAGACUGAGACAGAGGUGCUUCUUCUAGAACAUGAUGUUCCUCAUCAGCCCUUCUCUCAGGCUGUUCUUAGCUUCCUACCCAAGAUGCCCUGGAGUAUUACUGAGGAGGAUUUGAAGGUCAGAGCAGAUCUUAGACACCUCUGCGUGUGUAGUGUGGAUCCUCCUGGCUGUACGGAUAUUGAUGAUACUCUUCACUGUCGGGAAUUGGAGAAUGGAAACUUGGAGGUUGGUGUUCACAUUGCAGAUGUCAGCCAUUUUAUUCGGCCAGGAAAUGCUCUAGAUCAAGAGGCAGCAAGCAGAGGCACUACAGUCUACCUUUGUGGAAAGAGAAUUGACAUGGUUCCUGAACUUCUGAGUUCCAACUUGUGUUCUCUGCGGUCCAAUGUCGAGAGGUUAGCGUUCUCUUGUAUUUGGGAGAUGAACCACAAUGCUGAAAUCCUCAAAGCUCACUUCACAAAGAGCAUCAUUAACUCCAAGGCCUCCCUUACAUAUGCCGAAGCUCAGAUGAGGAUUGAUGACAGCACCAUGAAGGAUGACAUCACGAAGAGCCUGCGGGGCCUUAACAGACUGGCCAAGAUCUUAAAGGGCCGGAGGAUUGCAAAAGGAGCGCUGACCCUCUCCUCUCCCGAAGUACGUUUCCAUAUCGACAGCGAGACACACGACCCUAUAGAUAUGCAGUCCAAAGAACUCAAGGAGACUAAUUCUAUGGUGGAGGAGUUCAUGUUGUUGGCGAAUAUCUCUGUAGCACAGAAGAUCUACGAUGAGUUCUCAGAAUGUGCUCUACUGAGGAAACACCCUUCACCACCGCCAUCAAACUAUGACAUCCUCAUUAAGGCUGCAAAAUCAAGGGACCUCAACAUCCACACAGAUUCAGCCAAAGCUCUGGCUGAUUCCCUGAACAAUGCGACAGUUGAGAACUUUCCGUACUUCAACACCCUGCUGAGGAUUCUGGCCACCCGCUGCAUGAUGCAGGCCGUGUAUUUCUGCUCUGGCAUGGACAGUGAUUUCCACCACUAUGGCCUGGCAUCACCCAUUUACACACACUUCACAUCACCCAUCAGAAGAUAUGCUGAUAUCAUAGUUCACCGUCUGUUAGCAGUGGCUAUUAACGCAGACAGUACGUACCCAGAUUUGAUGGACAAGCAUAAGCAGUCAGCCUUAUGCAACAACCUCAACUACAGACACAAAAUGGCCCAGUAUGCACAGAGAGCCUCAGUGGCGUUCCACACUCAGCUAUUCUUCAAGAAUAAGGGAAUCAUAAACGAGGAAGGCUUCAUUCUUUUUGUAAGAAAAAAUGCCAUCAUCAUCCUCAUCCCUAAAUUUGGAUUGGAGGGCGCUGUGUUCUUUGACAACAAGGACAAACCCAGUCCUCAUCUCAGCUUUGACUCUGAGGGUCCUACACUCAAAGUGGAGGAACACACUUUCCGCAUGUUUGACAAAGUUAAAGUAACAAUCAGCCUGGACGCUUCCAACAUACAGCAUCAAAGGAUCAGAAUGGCGCUCAUUGAACCGGUGAUCCCUGGGGUUAGUGUACCUGUGCCUGAGUCCGAACCAGAGGCCAAAAAACCCAAGCUUGACUGCUGAUACUUGUACACCAAGACCCAACAUUAAUACUCAUUAUAAAAGCAAAAAUUAAAUGAAAAGCCUUUCAGUUCAUCUACAAGGGUAACAUGAGUGAAUGCAUAAGUGGAAAAAAUUGACAUGAAAGGAGUAUUUGUUUUUAAUCAGUGUACACCAGUCCUGUUUUUGCUUUUGUCUACAUUUUAACUUGCUAAUGCAGCAUUUUUAUAUAGUCUGAGACAAACUGUGGAAUUAUUAGAAAUUCUCUUUGAGCAAUAGUGUUCCGUCAUCCUUCAAAUCUGAAAUUUAUUGAAAACAGAACAUAUUAAAAGGACUUCUUUAAAGAAAUUCUGUUUUUUCAGUUACAUGUUUUGUCCAGUGAAUGCAAACAUUUGAAAUGGGCUCUCACAGAGAUAAGUGUGAUAUUUCAGGAAUUAUAUUUCAGAAAACCAACUUGUUAUAUUCGGGGUUGCCACGCUUUCUGAUCAAAUAAUUUCUGUGACUUAAAACCAAAAUGCCAAA